AUGCUCUGUGACGUCUGCGACAAGAUCCCCUUCGCAGACCUGCCUUCAGAAGAACAAGACGCGAUACCGCAUCACCCUAGUCUCGACGCGUUACAGGCAUCUUACCAGUCAUGUGAUAUAUGCACUCUCAUCUGGUGGGCGGCCGGCUGCUCCCUGGUCGAUGUCGGCGGGAUGGUGGCCUUCAGACCUGGCGUGAAGUACCCGUCCGGCCGCAAGAUCAUGACGCGAGAGACGGAGGGAAACUACAGCCCUCUGGCAGGGCUGCGAGCAUUGGAGAACGGCGCGUCCAUGUUUGACACCUCCGGUCCAGAACCCGACUUCCGUGAACCGGUGUUCGUGAAUCCCCGCGAGCGCUUUCCGAAAGACGACGAGAGCAGUCGCAAGAUCCGACCCUGGCUGUUUGGCAGCUGGUACAAGUCACCCUUCACGAACAAACCGCUCCAAUUGAUCGGGUUGGGCGUGAGGUUGGGGACCGGACCCAGUAUCGAGGAGGCCGUAGGGAAUAACGACAAGGAUGUCCGCAUAAGAGGGACGUUUAUAAGGAUACGCACAGACGAUGGUAUCUUUACCCUUUCCUUCAACGAGACCAGCUCCAUGCUAACCAUUCCCUCACAAGAUUCCGACCUGGCCAGAACGGUCCCCGGACGGCUUCGUACAAACGAUCAAGGGUCUGCGAUAGCAAUCCAGCGGAUCAAGAAUUGGUUGAAGGACUGCAACGAGGGCCACAUAUGCAAUCGAAGCCAUUCAUGUGCCGACACUCCAGCGUCUCCACCACUGCCGACUCGAAUUCUCGACGUCAACGGCCAAGGGAAUACCAUUCGCCUCGUCGAGACUGAUGGCCGGCGCGGACGCUACGUGGCCCUGAGCCAUUGCUGGGGCGUCUCGCACCGGAUCACCACGACAAAGAAGACAUAUGCAGACCAUUGCAAAGGUAUCCCGCUCGAGGAACUGCCGGCAACUUUUCAACAGGCUGUAACCAUUACUCGCGAGCUCGGGAUUCCCUAUUUGUGGAUUGAUUCUCUGUGCAUCAUUCAGGACGACGAUAGUGACUGGGAAAUGGAGGCGUCCAGAAUGGGCAUUGUCUACUUUGCUUCGUACCUGACACUGUCCGCCAUGGGCUCCGCAGAUGAUUCCUCGGGCUGCUACCGUGAUGCGUCGAAACCAAUCGAAGUAAGCUCCUCGAGGCCGUGGAUCUCAACUGACACCCUAUCCACCGGACGACGAUGUAUACCUCUUGUCGCACCUCUGCUAGUAGACUACGCAGGCGAAGGUGUUACCUGCAGGACAUUUACGAGCCUGUUCGGCAUGCGUGGUAAUCGGAAGUCUCGAGUGUACCUCACGGGGGAGUGGAUGCCAUCAUCUUUGAAACAGAGUCCAAGGAUAUACGUUGUCGGAAGCUUUGGGGCAUCAGUGCAGCCAUUGAAGCACGAACCACUGAACAAGCGUGGCUGGACACUUCAAGAGCGACUGCUUUCCCCCCGGACAUUGCACUUUGGAACCGAGGAGCUGUACUGGGAAUGUGAGCAGUAUGUGCUGGCCGAAGACGGAGCACUCUUGCAAAGAGAGUUUCCGACGUUGUCGAAGGUCGUCAAGUCAAGACCAGGCUCGAAUUUUCCCGCAAAGGGCUCCGACUCCAAAACCCACGACGAGGAGCACAAGCAUCAGAACUCGUGGCCCAACAUAUGGUUAAGUCUCAUCGAGGAAUACACUUCUCGGGACUUGACCCGAGAUCAAGACAAGCUGCCUGCCCUGUCAGGUAUUGCCAGCACCGUAGGGGGCCUGACGAAAGACGAUUACCUCGCCGGUCUCUGGCGCAACGACCUCCUUCAAAACCUCUCCUGGUCCGUAGAAACAUUUGAGCCGACUCACCAGUGCGAUGACCCGGAGCACGACGCGGCAAUGCCUCCCGCCACCAAGUCAGAGGUGAAGUAUCCGUCGAAAUACCGUGCACCGUCCUGGUCAUGGGCGAGUUUAGACGGAAAGGUAACCUUCCAGCCACUGGACCAUAAGAAUUUGAAGGCUCGGUGUAUCUGUGCGCAUGUCGAUAUCGCGGGCAGAGAUCAGUAUGGCAGAGUCAAGCAGGGAUGGAUCACGCUCGAGGCGCCGCUGUACCUCCUCCAAGCCCUCGUACCGGAUGCAAAAUACCACAAACUCCACCCGUUCUCGACCGAGGUGGGUUUCUUCGUCGCUGGCGACAUGGGCAAAGCAGCACUGUAUGGCCGGGGCUCCGUGACCUUCGACGACCAGCCGUAUUUCCCCAGCUUUGCCCUUAUGCUCGAUAAUGAGAAUGGCCUAGUCCUCAGGGCCAAGCAGCCUUGGGAGUUUGUCAGGAUUGGAACCGUCCGGUUCUGGUCCAUGCGGAGAGGUGUAGAUGGCGAUGACAGUAGUAACAUUGUGGAUGUUAAUGAGUCCAGAUACUCGGCGGCUGAAAGUACUGCGCUGUCGGUAGCUAAAGGGACGGCGCAGAAGACCACCAUCUACUGA